AUGAGCCAGGUACCCCGAGAAGGACCCGAGGAGGAGCUCGCGCACGAGGCGCGAGACUCGCAGCCUCAGGUCACCGAGAUCUGCGCGCGCGAGCGGGAUCUUGGGGCCGCGCGCGCGCGCGAGCACGCGUACAACGCCGUGCAUGCGAAGGAAACGCCAUCCCGGCCGUGUGCGACGAACAACGUACCGCUGCCGAGCGCGCUGAUGAGACAUCCCGAUGUUGACGGCGCGAUCUUGAAGCUACACGCACGCGCGUACACCCGCGAGCACGCGCAGGAACGCCAUGCGAAGGGCCAAGCAGCCGACAUCGAAGUCCUGGCGACGAGCAGGCAAGUCUUGAGCCUGCGAGGAGCGAGGCGUAAGCACAACGAGCUGUUGAGCUCGGAUUACGCGCGCGCCGGAGACGUAGACACCGAGAGAGCCGACGAGGAGAAGCCAGAGGUCGUGCGACGCGAGAGAGACCGAGGAGAAGAGAACACCGAAGAACGACCAGCAACACCGAGGCAUCGAGGACAGCCGAAGAACGAUGAAGAGGAGUCGAAGAAGCACCGAGGGAAAGCGAGAGAACGGUGA